AUGUCAAAGCCACCCAACUUCUCAACCGUAGAGGUCGAGUACCUCUCGGAUAGUGCAGUCCAAUUUAGCUACAACCAGCCCAAAAUCUCGAAUGCCUUCACGCUACAGCAAUACCACGACUUACGAGAAGCAUUGCUGUGGGCUCUGACCGAGCCAAAGAUAAAUGUAGUGGUCCAAUGCGGCAAAGGCAAGCACUACUGCGCCGGCAAAGUCCUCCAAUCCCCAGAUGAAGGUGGCCCGACCAUCGAACAGGAAAUCGAAGCCGGCGGCAAACUGGGUGAAGUCUUGCAAGGCUAUCCCAAAGUCUUGAUCGCAGCAAUCCACGGCGCAGCGAUCGGCUGGGGCUGCACGCAGCUUUUUAACUUCGACCUUGUGUACGCGCAUCCGAAUGCUUUCUUUCAGACGCCAUUUAUGUCGCUUGGCUUCGUGCCAGAAGGCCAGAGCUCGUACACGUUCCCGAAGGUGAUGGGGAAGCAGCAUGCCAACCGGCUGCUGCUGGGAGCGGAGCGGGUGAGUGCGCCGGAGAUGUAUACGAGUGGGCUCGUGACGCAGGUCAUCGGGGAGAGUGCAGACUCGAGAGAGACGUUCCUGUCCAAGGUCGCGGAGAUCGGGAAGCGGAUCGGUGGCUUCAGUGGCGAGAGCCUGCGAAUGUGUAAGGCUCUAGCGAAUCGACCAGUUACGCUGGCAGAACAGCGAGAGGCAGGUAUGAGGGAAGGUGCCGAUCUGAAGGUUCGAUUGAACAGUCCCGAGACCAAGGCGAUGAUGGCGGCGUUUGCGAACAAGCCCAAAGGCAAGGACAAGAGCAAGCUUUAG